UCAUUACGCUCAUUCCUAAAAAAGGGGAAAAAGAAUUGACGAAAUGCUUUGGAAAGUUCUUCACAGGAAAAAAAGAAAGAAAAAGAAGCAAAAAAAGGGUAAAGGAUGCUGCCGAAAUUGGAGUAAAUUCGAGUCUUCAAUUUCGUCAUCAUCGAAUUUGUAGAGAAUCGAUCCGACCUUAAAGCUCUGAACGAAGAGUUGGUGGAGAAGGGAGGGAUCAAUGCCGAGGGGUUUGAAGAGUAAUUGCCAGUCUACUUCUCAUCAGCUUUUGAAGGAAAAAGCAAAGAACCGUGUGAAUGAUCUUCAAGGGAUAUUCACUAAUCUUCAAUCUGCAAGGAAGGAGAGUCGUACUACUGACGUUGCUGUCUUGGAGGAGCAAGUGCAUCAGAUGCUCAGGGAGUGGAAUGCCGAGCUCAAUGAACCAUCCCCUGCCUCUUCAUUUGUUGAGGGCAGUCUUGGAUCGUUCUCGCAAGAAUUAGCUCGUCUUCUCGAGCAUUUUGAUGAGGAAGAUGAUGCAACUAGCACAUUGGCUGAACCAAAGGUUGAGCCUGAUCAACAUUGCGUUCUUGCUUGCAAUCCGUCCGAUUUUCAGCAGCAGCAGAGUGUUCUUGGAUUUGAAGAGUGCAAAGUCAAUAGUGAAGAUUUCAAAUUAGAUCAGAACUUUAUGCAGAACUUAGUGGUCGGUAUGGAUGAUAUGUCUACUGUGGAUUGUCGUUUAUUGGAUUCGCACCAAGAGUUCGACUAUGGGGUGCUUAUCGGGGCGUAUGAUGCGGGAGACUUUAGUCAGGACACAAAGCCUAGCAUUCCCCCAUACAUCUCGCCCCCGCCAUCUGCUUUUAUGGGGCCAAUGUGUGCACUCUGGGAUUGUUUCAGACCUGCUCAAGGAUCUAAAUGGUGCCAGGACUAUUGCAGUAGCUCUCAUUCCAUGCUUGCAAUAAAUGAAGGCCUUCCAGGAAUGGCUCCAAUAUUGCGCCCUGGGGGCACUGGCUUAACAGAUGGUCCACUAUUUGCUGCUCUUCUUGCAAAGACACAGGCCAAAGAGGUGGGAAUACCUAUAUGUGAUGGUGCUGCAACAAGAAAAUCUCCAUGGAAUGCUCCUGAGCUUUUUGAUAUUUCAUUUCUCGAGGGUGAGACAAUCAGGGAAUGGCUCUAUUUCGACAAACCUAGACGGGCCUUUGAGAGUGGUACUCGAAAGCAAAGGUCAUUACCAGAUUAUAGCGGCCGUGGUUGGCAUGAAUCAAGGAAGAAGGUGAUGGAGGAGUUCGGUGGUCAGAAGAAGUCCUAUUACAUGGAUCCACAGCCAUCAAGCUCACUCGAAUGGCAUUUGUACGAAUAUGAUAUAAGCAAUUAUGAUUCAUUUGCAUUAUAUAGGCUAGAACUCAAGCAAGCUGGUGCAAAAAAGAGCCCAAAGGGAAAACUACCAGCUGAUCCUCUGGCUGAUCUGCAGAAGAAGAUGGGCAGGCUUACUGCAAAGGGGCCUGUGGAGCUUGGACAAUCAGUCAAAUAAUUGUUAUGAUGGUACAUACUCGUCCCGUUGCUGCUUUAUGUCGAUAUAUACCUCGUCCCGUAGUUUGUCUCGUGAAUACAUGGCAUUUCGACCCCUUUUUUUUCAUGGAAGGGGAGAUUCUGGAUGCUAGUUUGUUCUAAAGGUUUUCUUUGGAGUUUUUUCCAUUUAUAUUCAGUUUAGAAGAUAUGUACAAGUUGUGUUUGUGUCUAAUACUAAUAGUUUGAACG